CGGAGCGGCCUGGGGACAUGCUCCGGACCCCCCGCAGCUCCAGCACCGACGCCCCGGCCUCAGGUCUCUGCCCCCGCGCGGGGCCCCGGCCGCGCGGCCGGAGGGAGCGGCCGGAUGGAGCGGAGGAUGAAAGGCGGAUACUUGGACCAGCAAGUGCCCUACACCUUGUGCAGCAAAUCGCCCGGAAAUGGGAGCUUGCGAGAAGCGCUGAUGGUCCCGCAGGGAAAGCUCAUGGACCCGGGCUCCCUGCCGCCCCCCGACUCCGAAGAUCUCUUCCAGGAUCUAAGUCACUUCCAGGAGACGUGGCUUGCUGAAGCUCAGGUACCAGACAGUGAUGAACAGUUCGUUCCUGAUUUCCAUUCAGAAAACUUAGCUUUCCACAGCCCCACCACCAGGAUCAAGAAGGAGCCCCAGAGCCCCCGCACAGACCCGGCCCUGUCCUGCAGCAGGAAGCCGCCACUCCCCUACCACCAUGGCGAGCAGUGCCUUUACUCCAGUGCCUAUGACCCCCCCAGACAAAUCGCCAUCAAGUCUCCCGCCCCCGGUGCCCCUGGACAGUCGCCCCUGCAGCCCUUUCCCCGGGCGGAACAGCGGAGUUUCCUGAGAGCCUCCGGCGCCUCUCAGCCCCACCCCAGCCAUGGGUACCUCGGGGAGCACAGCACACCCAGCUCCGUCUUCCAGCAGCCCCUGGACAUGUGCCACUCCUUCACAUCUUCUCAGGGUGGGGGUCGGGAGACCCUCCCAGCCCCCUACCAACACCAGCUGUCGGAGCCCUGCCCACCCUACCCCCAGCAGAGCUUCAAGCAGGAAUACCAUGACCCCCUGUAUGAACAGGCGGGCCAGCCAGCUGUGAGCCAGGGCGGGGUCAGCGGGCACAGGUACCCAGGGGCGGGGGUAGUGAUCAAACAGGAACAGACGGACUUCGCCUACGACUCAGAUGUCCCUGGGUGUGCCUCCAUGUACCUCCACAGUGAGGGCUUCUCCGGGCCCUCCCCAGGUGAUGGGGCCAUGGGCUAUGGCUAUGAGAAACCUCUGCGACCAUUUCCAGAUGAUGUCUGCGUUGUCCCUGAGAAAUUUGAAGGAGACAUGAAGCAGGAAGGGGUUGGCGCAUUCCGAGAGGGGCCACCCUACCAGCGGCGGGGUGCUUUGCAGCUGUGGCAGUUUCUGGUGGCCCUGCUGGACGAUCCAACCAAUGCCCAUUUCAUUGCCUGGACGGGCCGGGGGAUGGAGUUCAAGCUCAUUGAGCCUGAGGAGGUUGCCAGACUCUGGGGCAUCCAGAAGAACCGACCGGCCAUGAACUAUGAUAAGCUGAGCCGCUCACUCCGAUACUAUUAUGAGAAAGGCAUCAUGCAAAAGGUGGCUGGCGAGCGGUACGUGUACAAGUUCGUGUGUGAGCCGGAGGCCCUCUUCUCACUGGCCUUCCCGGACAAUCAGCGUCCCGCUCUUAAGGCUGAGUUUGACCGGCCAGUCAGUGAGGAGGACACAGUCCCGUUGUCCCACCUGGACGAGAGCCCCGCCUACCUCCCAGAGCUGGCCGGCCCUGCCCAGCCCUUUGGCCCCAAGGGUGGCUACUCUUACUAGCGGCCAGCGGCUUCUCCCCUGCUGUGGAUGGGUGCUGCUCUGUGUACAUAAGGCUGAACGUGCUGUCAGGGAAAACCCUCGCUCUGACACCCACAGAUGUCUCCGAGGCAGAUCUCACUGUCCUGUCAGUCAACCCGGCCCAGACUCUCAACUGCCCACCAGUCUUUGGGAAGGAAGCAAGUCUGCAGGUGCAAUCCUCCGCUGGGGCUUUUACUUCUGCUCCGAGGAGUUCGGCCCAGCCUCCUCCUAGGGCCUGCUUAGCGGCCCAAGCCCUGCUCCCUUUCCCCCACCAGAGAACAAGCCUUUGUUCUGUCUUGGGGGCAGAGGGAGCUUCCCAACUCCUAUCUUGGCAGGGGGACGAGGGGGCUCAUUGAGCUCUGCAGGUCUCCUGCCAUGGGGAGAUCCAAGCCUGGACUCGACUCCGCCCCAAGCCAGGCCUGGGGGGCCCUGAUCGUCAGUUCUUGGUGCUCUGUGUUUCCAGAGGCAGGGGGAGGGUGGAAGAAACCUUGGAUGGAGGGGUGCAGGGUGGAGGAAAGGAGGGAGGAAAAGGGCUCCUGCCCCAAGGAGCCCUUUUCCUAGGCUCAAGCCUGGGAUUUCACCUCCACCCCAGCCACAUCUGCCAGCUCUUAAUA